UUGCCCGCUGUUCCCGAAACCGUUGAGGAAGAAUCAGUCGAUCAAGUAGAGGAAGGGAAAUCUCCUGAUUUGGAACAGACGGCAACGUUAUCUCAAGAAGCACGCUCUUCUGCUUUCUUACCCCAACAUCUCGAGCAUGUUCUAGAUGAUCUCUCUUUGCAACAGAAAGCAGCUAUACAAGAAGUUUUACAACGAGCGGAAACCUCACGGAAAGAAGCUCGUAUAGUGAUAGAUAGCCAUCGUUUGCAUUCCUUCAGAAAGAAUCCAAAAUUAUUGAACGAAGACGAGAGAUCGUUUAGUGUCGAAGAUGUAAAAGAGUUAGAUACCGAUAGUGAUGAUGAGAACAAACGACAACUAGUUCAAAUGGAUUCAAUACCAGAGAGUGUCACAGUGUCCAUCUUAGAAACUGAAAGUACGUCUUCCACCCCUCUCCAUGAAACCAUGUCUCCAUCACAGAUAAAAACAUCUGAAUUUAACAGUGGUAUUGGAUCACGCAUGAAGCUGAUUCGUUCACAAAUCGCUCAAUGGUUUAAUUCAUUGGAUUAUGACGGUGAUUAUAUGUCUCUUUCAAACAAUACGGGAAGCCGAGAUAAAAGUUUAUCAAGGCAGGAAUCACUUCAACCCUUAGUUAUGAAUUAUAUAAACGCUCUAUCGAGCGGAAUUGUUAUAGCAGCAACAUUAGAAUACUGCCAGGCAGCUUUAGAAGGAUCAGAACUUUUCAAAGCUUAUUGUCAUGACUUAUGUGAAACACUGUUUCAUCUGGUAUACAGUCAAAUUGAGCUGAGCUCGGUCGAAGACGAUAAUAUUCGUCUUAUAAACGAUUAUUGCACCAAAUUAGCGUUAGAUGUAAUGGAUACGGUGUAUUACCUCAUUCUCAAUCGCACCCUAGAAGAUAUAAAUUCCCCUAUUGAUAAACUCAAGGAAUUGAGUCAGAUUCAUAGAUCCCGUUCAUUUGCUACGGCUGCCGAGUUAGAAUCAAUAAUUGAAAGAUUGUCAUCGGAAGAUAUAGAAGACCAGGAUUCUUUGUAUUCAUCCCCCAGUAUAUCAUCUCUUCAAUGCUACGAAGUUCUCCCAGAUAUUACUGUUCCACCAACUGUAACCGAUUUUGAAAACUCUGCUGUGAGUGAAUACAGUGGAUCGGAAGAUUAUUUCCAAACUGAUCGAUUCAAUUCUGCCCCUUCUCUUAUAUUAAUAGAACAAUGGUCAGAAGAACAAAGUUUUUUAGAGCAAGAAAAACACUACAACGCCAUAAUACCAACGGAAUCUGAUGUUCGUGUUAUUAUAAGUCCCGCAACACCGUUAACACCUCCUCCUCGACCACCACCCCCAAUCUAUAUUAAAAACGUCGAAGAAUCUGAACAAAAGAACAAUAAAUCCAGCGCUACAUCGGCAGCUGACCUCGACCGAACAUUCGAUGAUUAUGAAGUCCCGGAUCACCAGGCCAAGCAUGAUGUCUCAAGAUCAAUCGAUGGAUGUUCAGGAUGA